UCCAACCACUAGGCUACCGUAUAGAUUUAGGUACAAGGAAGGAAUGCAUAUAAUUAUUUUUACUUAACUAGGCAAGUCAGUUAAGAACAAAUUCCUAUUUACAAUGACGGCCUACCUCGGCCAAUUGUGUGCAGCCGGAUGUGAUGCAGCCUGGAUUUGAGCCAGAUACUGCAGUGAUGCCUCUUGCACUGUCUUAGACCACUGCGCCACUCGGGAUGUAACAUGUAACAGUACGGUUAGGCUAAGUAUUGUAGAACUAAUUGGAUAAAUGUGAAAAUUACAGGGCUCCUGAGUGGCGCAGGGUCUAAGGCAUUGCAUCUCAGUGAAUGAGGCGUCACUACAGUCCCUGGUUCGAAUCCAGGUUGUAUCACAUCUGGCAGUGAUUGUGAGUCCGUCAUUGUAAAUAAGAAUUUGUUCUUAACUGGCUUGUCUGUUUAAAUAUAUGUAUAUUAUUUUAAGCAAAUAACUUGUUCUCAGUCCUUGACACUAGAUGGCACUGUUAAGCAUAUCAUCUUCAAAACAACAUUCUUUUUAUGUGAGAAGUCAAUAAAUGUUUCCCCGCAAAUGUGUAUUCAUGACCCAUAUAGAAACUAGGCCUUGGAGAACUGAGAUUGGACUCUGAGAUGAGAGACUAACUUGAUAAGGAACUUCACACUCUCACAUGGAUAAUGGCACUGUUUCAGUCACACGGGUUAUCAAUACUUCUGUUGAUCAUCAGAACACAGUUUGCUGGUGCUGAGUCUUGUUCUCAUGUAGAUGCGCCACAAUUCAUCACAGCUACUCAGGAAGAGGUAGCUGUCCUCCCCUGUUUCACAUCAAUCCACAAAGCAACCAGAGUGAAAUGGACAAAACUUUCACCUAAACCUGAGGACAUCUUGGUGUGGCCUGAUAAUCCAUCUGUGGCCCAUAAAUCAGAACGUGUGGCUUUCGAGUCGGGAGCGGAUGUUGUGGUGGCUGGAAACCUGUCCCUGUCUCUAAGAGAUGUAAGGAAAUCUGACGAAGGGCUUUAUAGUUGCAAUGUCUGGUUGGGAUGGAGUUGUGUUCAUGUGAAAAACAUCACUCUAAAAGUGAAAGAAUGCAAAAUUCUACAUUCAGUUAUGGCAGCACCCAACGGGAUAGCUACCCUGCCUUGCCUGUUGAACAUGACAACAGGAAAUACUCAAAUAUCAUCAGUGGCCUGGGCAGAGAUCAAGGGAGACAGUGAGAUCCAAAUACUUCAAUACCCUACAGAUAUCUCCAACCAAACAUUCCUAGGAAAAAGGGUGAGCUUUGGAGGGAAUCUCAGUUCAGGAGAUGCAUCUUUGGCUCUCUCCAUGGUGGAGUACAGUCACAGCCAAUGGUACAGAUGUAGGUUGCAGAUGGGACAAAAUGAACGCUGCUUUGAGGUCAAGCUGCAGGUUAAAGAACAGGAGGAGAACCUGGUUGUUCGGACUUUCACCACAACUGAGCUAACAGACCCUGCAGUUACCUCCAGGGGGAGUCCAGAAAGAGUUGCGACGGCUACAGUUGGAACGGCUACUAUAGUGGCUUCAUCCAUGUGUGUGAUUGUCAUAAUGGCUCUUACGCUGGGAUUGAUCAUUUGCCUCAGGCGCCGCAGACACUCAGAUGGAGAUGAGUCUGACUGGAAUGCUUAUGAAGAUGUACAAGACCCAGCAACGGGACCCAAUUGUCUGUAUUCACUUGCAGAUUUUGACCAGAAGGACAACCUACACACUUUUCAAUGCCAGUGAAAAGAAUAAUCAUCUUUCAAUCAACACACCAUGUCUUACCGAACCCUUCACAAAACAUCUGUAAAUGCUUUUUUAUGAUAUUCACCCACUUAUCUUUCAACCCCUGGUAUAGCCUCCAUAGUAUUACACAAUAACACUCUUAUCUUUCAACCCCUGGUAUAGCCUACAUAGUAUUACACAAUAACAAUCUUAUCUUUCAACCCCUGGUAUAGCCUACAUAGUAUUACACAAUAACAAUCUUAUCUUUCAACCCCUGGUAUAGCCUACAUAGUAUUACACAAUAACAAUCUUAUCUUUCAACCCCUGGUAUAGCCUACAUAGUAUUACACAAUAACACUCUUAUCUUUCAACCCCUGGUAUAGCCUCCAUAGUAUUACACAAUAACAAUCUUAUCUUUCAACCCCUGGUAUAGC